AUGAAUAGCAGUAGUUCAUCCUUUAUGGACAAGAGGAAAAAGACAAACAUCCUUAGAGCUAUGACAACUAGGAAAAAAAGAACUUGGAGCUACAAGUUAGUUAAGAAAUGGAGAAAUCUCGAUAUGUAUGGAUAGAAGGUACAUUUAACAUACAAAGGUCAUAAGAAAUUUAAAACUUCCAUUGGAGCAUUAUUUACAGUUAUAACGAGAACACUCUUAGUACUUUUUAUGGCCUAUGAGUUAUCACUUUUAUAUACCUAAAGUCAUGCUAUAAAUAACACUAAGUAUUUCAUCAGGAAUCCUAAUUCUGAUGCAAUCAACUUAAAAGAGCAUGGAUUUGAUCUUGCCUUUGGUGUAAGUAAAGCUAUAGACGAGAGCUAUGGAGUGUUUAAAGCAUAUCAAAUUGAAACUACUGGGUAGGCUAAGACUUAUGUGUAUGAAAGCAUUUUUAUGUUUUGGGUGUCAAAAUCAGAGUAAUUUAUAAGAGUAGAAAAUAUCAAGAUUACUGAUGAUAAUUUAGAUAUUGAAACUAAGAUUGUUGCCUCAUUAAAUCUUAAGUUAGACAGAAGAAGUGUAUAAUUUGGUAUACUUAUUGAUUUUCUAAUUGGUGCUCUUGAGAAGAUUGGAGGAUUUAAAGAGGGAAUAAUAAAUAGCAAAGCUUUUAAAGAGGAUAAAAAUCAAGAAUAAUCCAAUAGAACAAGCACAGCUAAAAUGAAUGCUAAUGAUUAAGAAAAAUUCUCAUCAGUAAAAACUGUUAAGAUCAAUGACUCAGUAACAAUGGAUAUUUUAGAUAAAAAAUAACCAGAAAAAAAUAAAGAUUUGGAGACCUUAACCAGUAGAGUACAUCACCAGAAUAAAUUGACGAAUGAGUAGUCGAAUACAGUAUUCAAUGAGGUUAUCGGUAGAAGUAGAUUCAUUUAUAAAACUACAGAUGUAAUUAAAUAUUUAGUAAAAUGCUUGUGUUGGAGGCGUUCUAAAAAGCUCAAAAAAGAUCCGAACACCAUUUAGCACUUUAUGUACAAGAAAGCAAAUGAGAAAAUUGAAUAGGAGCUAGACAUAGUCAAUUUAGUUAGAUCUAUUAGAAAGCUUAGAUUAAUGACUAAAGUAAUGCUAACUCAUAGGAGUAAUAUCCUUUUGAAGUUUUAGAGAAAAAAUCUUAUAGAAUGUGAGAGUUCUUCAUCUGAUUCUGAUCAUCAUAGGUUUGAUACUAUGAAACUUAUGGACAGCAAGAAUGAAUUAGUAAAGUUAUCUGUUGUCCAAAAAAUAAAGAGGAAUCUGAAUAGUCUAACUGAAGUGAAGCUUGAUUAAAUAGAUAAAAAUUUAAUAAGAGGACUUUAUCAUAUUAAAACUUAGUAGAAUGAGGAAAAUACCACAAUUACAGAUGGUGAUAGGCUAAACACGAAAUUAUUUUAGAAAUUUGGAACAAUUAAUUUAUCUAGUAUGGAACAUGAUACCACUCCAAUUAACACCUCAUAAAUGCCUAGUGGAUUACCUAGAUUACCAAGAUUUAAAACUUUGCUUGAUGUUUCUGAAACUUAAAAUGAUUUGUUCUAAGUAGAAAAUAGUCCAAAAGUAAGUGUUCGUUAAAGAAUGAGAAGCAGCAGAUGGGAAGGGGAAAGUCAAAUUAUUGAAAACGAUAGUAAUAUUAGUUAAAGAGACGAUGACUUGAUUUCGCCUAAUAAGGAAAUACCUUCAAGCAAAGGUGAAUCACUUAGAGAGUUCGAAAAUUGA